AAGCCAUAGCUCUGCAGUUGGGGUUGUUGGAGGGGCGCUCUCUCUCUCUCUGUCGCGCGCGGAAGUGUGUGUGUGGUGUCAACUAGGAUAAAAACCACUUAUACUAUAACAAUCCCCACGUCGUUUCUAUAAUGGAAAAAUGAGACAGAUAUUUAUACCUUUCCGUCUUCUUUGUCUUCUUCCUCAUCCUUUCGUCUUCCUUCCCCCAAAGACAUGAGAUCAGCGAGGCCUGGCCUGAGAACACUGUCUAAGAGUAGCCGCGCAGCUUAUCGCAACCCCCAACCUCGACUUCACAUCGCAUACCGGAGCCUAUUCGGCGCUGUCGCAGCCCGUCACCUUUCACCCUUGUUGCCCUCGAACAGUCGCAGGUUCAGCGUCAUGUCGUCCAACGCGGCCGAACAGCCUCAAGCGGCGGCUUCGUCCCCGGACAAGGAUGCCCCAGCCCAGCCCGAGUUGCCGCCCCUGACGCCGGCCGAGUUCAAGGUCUACAACCAGAUGGCGGAAAAGAUGGAAUAUUUUCACAACCACUUUCGCCGCCAGUGGACGCUCCUCCACGACGCCGCCACGAGCGGCCGGCGCCCGCAGAACAUGACGCUCAAGCAGUUCCUCGACACGGGCCUGCAGUUCGCGCAGCACCUGACGGCGCACCACGGCAUCGAGGAGACGUACGUGUUCCCCAUGCUCGCGCGCCGGAUGCCCGAGUUCCGCGCCGGCCGCGCCGAGCUGCUGCGCCAGCACAAGGAGAUCCACCGCGGGCUCGACGGCUUCGAGGAGUACCUCGGCCGGUGCCGAUCGCGCGAGACGGAGCUCGAGCUGGCCGUGCUCAAGGAGAAGAUGGACAGCUGGGGCGGCGUGCUGUGGACGCACCUCGACCAGGAGGUCAAGACGCUGGGGGCCGAGAACAUGCGGCGGUAUUGGACCAUGGAGGAGGUCAAGAACAUGCCCAUGUGAUGAGAUGGCGUGUGUGUGUGACUGUGUGUGUGUGUGUGUGUGGUGUUGCGGUCUGGGAGUUUGGUCUUUAUUGGUGGGCGUUGGUUACAGUACAAUGCCGUGGCAUAGCAUUUUGGUCUUGGAAGGUAUCGACGUCUAUUGUAUCAUGAACAUGGAAUAUGGAAAAAUUCGUAUCUACCUCUCCCCCCCCUCCCCCCCCCCUUCGCGUCGUCGUAUGGAGUGCAUGUCCCGGCCACACACCUCUCUCUGUCUCUCUCUCUCUCUUUCUGUGUGUGUGUGUCUGUCUUUCUGUCUCUU